AUUUUAGCAACUUGUAAUAUUUUCAAACCCUCAUCAGUUUAAUAUUUUUAAAAAUCCUCAGCAAUUUUAUAAUGCUUGUCUUCUUAUAUUUUUGUUCAUUUUCUUAGAAAUUAUCAUGUAAAUAACACUUAUUGCUUGUUUCGUGAUACAAAAGUAUCCCAUAUUCUUUCAUGGAGAUGAAUCCUUCUCUACUUAUGAUCAUUGCUUUCUUCCUUCAUUGUUUGAUGCUUCUGUCGGCUACUGCUGGAGGAACCAACAUUACCACUGACCAAGGUGCUCUUCUGUCUCUGAAAGCUCAUAUAACUCAUGAUCCCAACAAUUUAUUGACCAAAAAUAGCUCCGUCUGUAAUUGGAUUGGCAUCACCUGCGGUGGUCGUAAUCACAGUCACAGAGUCACAGCUUUGAACAUUUCUCACUUGGGUCUUGGAGGCACCCUCCCUUCACAACUGGGACAACUAUCUUCAUUGCAAAUACUUGAUGUUAGUAAUAACAGUAUCUCUGGUAUUAUUCCCAGCUCCAUCUUCAAUAUAUCUUCACUUGAAAGCAUUGAUUUCAGUGUUAACCAGUUCUCAGGUUGCUUUCCUUCCAUCAUAUUCACCAUGCCUUCAUUAUUUUAUAUUGAUUUAAGUAGAAACUCAUUAUCUGGUGGACUCCCAGAAAGUGCUUUUAGUUAUCUUCCUAAUCUGGAAACGUUGUUUUUGUAUGAAAAUGAGCUUGAUGGUGAAAUGCCAGCCACCUUAUCAGAGUGCAAACAGCUGAAAUAUCUGGCCUUGUCCAUUAAUUAUUUCACGGGAGCCAUACCUAAACAAUUAGGGAACUUGACGAAGAUGAAGAAGAUAUAUCUUGCCUAUAACGAACUCCAAGGAGAAAUUCCACAAGAGCUGGGCAAUCUUGUAGAACUGGAGUUUCUGUCCCUAAUAACUAAUGACCUAACGGGGACCAUUCCUUCAAGUAUUUUCAACCUUUCUUCUCUAACCACCUUGCAGUUGACAAAUAAUAGCCUGAUGGGGAGCCUUCCGGACAACAUAUGUCAACAUCUUCCUCUACUGGAAGUACUUGGCUUGUCCCUGAAUCAGUUGACAGGUCCAAUUCCAAACAAUUUGUGGCAAUGUAGAGAGCUUCAAACGCUUUCUUUAUCAUUCAAUCAAUUCACUGGUAGUAUACCGAGGAGAAUCGGGAACUUGACAUUCAUCAAUGAAUUAUAUCUUGGCUACAACAAGUUGACAGGAGAAAUUCCAGAAGAGUUGGGCAAUCUUAUCGAAUUGGAGAGAUUUUCGUUAACAAACGCAGCCUUGACAGGGUCUAUACCUUCAGUUAUCUUCAAUCUCUCUUCUCUAAUCGAAGUGGACUUGUCAAAUAAUAGCCUAACCGGUGGCCUCCCUAACAACAUGUGUCAACAUCUUCCUGUUCUUGAAGGAUUGUACUUGGCACACAAUAAACUAUCUGGUUCAAUUCCGCACAAUUUGUGGCACUGUAGAGAGCUUAGUUUUCUCACCUUGGCAGAGAAUCAAUUCACAGGAAGUAUACCAAGAGAUAUUGGUAAUUUAACAUUGGUUACUGCACUAUACCUUGGCUGGAACCACUUGAUCGGUGAGAUUCCAAAUGAAAUUGGCAACCUUCCUAAUCUGGAAAAUUUGAGGCUUUACGGCAACAACUUCAUUGGUUCGGUCCCAGCUGCAAUCUUCAACAUCUCAACACUGAUAGAGCUCUCACUUGCUGAAAAUAAACUCUCGGGAAUGCUUCCACCUAUCAUAGAACUUCCAAAUCUUGAGAGGUUCUAUUUGGGAGGGAACAAUUUCUCGGGGUCGAUUCCCAAAUUCAUAACUAAUGUUUCCAAGCUCUCUCAUCUUGAUAUCGGAUACAACUCAUUCUCAGGCUUUAUUCCUGCCAAUCUAGGGGAUUUAAGAAGCCUCCGGUGGCUGUCCUUAGCGAGUAAUUUCUUGAAAUCUACUCCUGAUUUGGGUUUUCUGUCUUCUUUGAUGAAUUGCAAGUAUUUAAGAGGACUAUUAUUAACAGAAAAUCUGUUAAAUGGCAUGCUUCCAAGUUCCAUAAGUAACCUUUCCACUUCAUUGGAAAAAUUUGGAUUCGAUCAUUGUAACCUUAGUGGCAGCAUUCCUAAAGAAAUUGGCUAUUUCAGCAACUUGAUAAUCUUAUGGUCCGAAAACAAUGAAUUGACUGGAUCAAUCCCAGUUACACUUGGUGGAUUGCAAAAUCUCCAAGGCUUGUAUCUUCAAAAUAAUAAACUAGAAGGAUCUAUCCCACAGGAUCUUUGUCAUUUGGACAACUUGGUCGAGUUGUUCUUGGAAAAUAAUAAACUUUCUGGGUCAAUUCCUGCAUGUUUGGGCGAUCUUAUAACACUUAGAAAGCUUCUGUUAGGCUCCAACAGGUUAACUUCUUUUAUCCCUUCAUCUUUGUGGGACCUUACAGACAUCUUGCAGCUUAACCUGUCAACAAAUUUUUUGAGCGGACCUCUUUCACCAAACAUGAAAAAUUUGAGAGUCAUAGAUAUAGAUUUGUCGAGGAAUGAAAUAUCGGGUGAGAUUCCAAGCACCAUUGGAGAACUACAAAAUCUACAAAAUCUUUCCUUGAGAUACAACAGGCUACAAGGUCCAAUUCCAGUAUCAUUUGGCCACAUGACGAGUUUGGAAUUCUUGGAUUUAUCCAACAAUGAGCUCUCUGGACUUAUUCCUAAAUCAAUGGAGGCUCUUUCGUACCUGAAAUAUCUGAACCUAUCAUCUAAUCAAUUAGAAGGAGAAAUUCCCUCUGGAGGGCCAUUUAAAAAUUUCUCAGCUGACUCAUUUUUUGGGAAUCAGGCAUUAUGUGGUGCAUCUCGUAUGAAUGUACCACCUUGCAAAACCAGCAGUCAGAGAAAAUCGAGGAAAAAGUCCACUCUCCUAUUGAUUGUUUUGUUGCCAAUAAAUAUUGCAUUAACAAUAUUAUUCUUGGGUCUUAUAUUUGUGUUGAUCAGACGCAGAAAAAGAACCAUAACGCAGCCUAUCGUUGUUGAGAUGCCCCCGGAAGGAACUUGGAGAAGAAUUUCACAACAAGAACUUGAGAGAGCAACCAAUGGGUGGAGUGAAAGCAACCUACUUGGUGUAGGGAGUUUUGGUUCAGUUUAUAAAGGAAGUCUUCAAGAUGGGAUGGAGAUUGCUGUAAAGGUUUUCCACCUCCAACAUGAAAGAGGUUUCAAGAGUUUUGAUAAUGAAUGCGAAGUACUGGCUAGUAUUCGUCACCGGAAUCUUGUCAAAAUCAUCAGUAGCUGUUCAAAUGAAAACUUCAAGGCGCUGGUGCUAGAGUACAUGCCCAAUGGGAACCUGGGUAAGUGUUUGAGUUCUGACAACUAUUUCCUUGACAUUGCACAGAGGUUGGAGAUAAUGAUAAAUGUUGCAUCUGCUCUUGAAUAUCUCCACUUUGAUUGUUCAACCCCUGUAAUUCACUGUGACUUGAAGCCCAACAACAUAUUGCUAGAUGAAAAUAUGGUGGCACAUUUGAGUGAUUUUGGCAUUUCAAGACUCUUGAGCGAAGAUGAGUCCAAGGCACAAACACAAACCCUUGCAACCAUCGGUUACAUGGCACCAGAAUAUGGAAGAGAAGGACAAGUUUCUAGGAAAGGUGAUGUUUAUAGCUAUGGGAUUGUUUUGAUGGAAACAUUUACUGGGAAGAAGCCGACAGAUGAAAUUUUCGCAGAGGAAAGGAGCUUAAAGCGGUUGGUUAUGGAGGCUUUACGAAGUUCAGUGAUGGAAGUCGUGGACAAGAACUUGUUAUUGAGGGAGGAUGAAAAUUUAGCUGCAAAGGAGCAAUGUGUGUCAUGUAUCCUGAGUUUGGCUGUGGAGUGUACAGAAGUGUCACCAGAGAAGAGGAUCGACAUAAGAGCGGUAGUUUGUAAACUCUUGAAAAUUAGAGACACAUUACUUGCCAAUCUUGAAACUGGAAACGGUAGAAGGCGAUCGAAUUUAAAUUAAUUUUCUUUAGGCUUUAUUCGAGAUGGGAUUUUAUAUUGUUAGAUAAUUCAGUUCAAUGGCAGUUUCCAGUUCUAAACGCUGGAAAAAUAUAAAAGGAAAUGGUCGUUCUGUAUGCCUCCUUUGCUCUGUUUCCAUAUUCACUUAUAAAUGCUCUGCUGUAGCUUUCUGCUUAUUCUGCAA